AUGUCCGUCAUGUUGGUCAAACUGGGACUCAACAAAUCUGCUUUGUUAUUGAAACCAUCCGUCUUCUCAAGAGCCGCAGCCUUGAGCUCCUCGAGGAGACUGCUUUUCAAUACAGCCAGAACAAGUCUUUGCUCCACCUCAUCUUUGAAGAACGUAGCCACCGAAAUGAACACCAAGGCUGCUAUUGCCGAGGAACAAGUGUUAAACAAACAGAGAGCCAAGAGACCUAUUUCCCCACAUUUGACCAUUUACCAGCCACAAUUGACCUGGUACCUCUCUUCUAUACACCGUGUCUCGCUGGUGUUUAUGGGGUUGGGAUUCUACUUGUUGACCAUUCUCUUCGGUGUUUCUGGUCUACUAGGUUUGGGUUUGACUACUGACAAGGUCUCUGAUUGGUAUCACCAGAAAUUCUCCAAAAUUACCGAAUGGUCCAUAAAGGGUUCCUUCGCUUACUUAUUUGCGAUCCACUUCGGUGACACCAUUAGACACCUGUUUUGGGACGCGGCCAAGGAACUGACCCUCAAAGGUGUAUACAGAACCGGUUACGCCGUUCUUGGCUUCACCGCCGUCCUCGGCACUUAUUUAUUAACUUUAUGA